AUGUCCCUACAAUCCAGCGGCAUUAUUACGGCAUUGAAUGCAGCAGCAUCGGAGCCAGCUACACCCGCUAGCCGCGUCAUUGACUUUUUGACCAUCAGCCGGGGUUUGAAGACGCAAGAACGUACCGGAUGGGUCCGUCAAGAAGCAAAUCCAAAGAUCGAAUCCAUUGCCGACCAUUCCUGGAGGAUUACCCUCAUGGCCAUGAUUGCUGGCUUUAGCGCUGAGAGUGAUACUAGUGACGAGUCUUCCAGCAUUGACACCAACAAGUGCAUUCAAAUGGCAUUGGUACAUGAUCUAGCCGAGGCGACUGUAGGAGACAUUACACCGUAUUGUGGUGUUUCCGAUCAGGACAAGCAUCAAAUGGAAUUGGACGCCAUGACCAAACUUACCACUGGCUUGUUGGGCACCGCCAUGGGGGCGGAACGAAUCUUGAGUCUGUGGAAGGAAUAUGAGCAAGGGACUACGGAAGAAGCCAAACUAGUCAAAGACAUGGACAAGUUGGAAAUGAUUUUGCAAGCAUUGGAAUACGAACAAGAUGGUGAAAAUAAGAAAUCAUUGGAUGGCUUUUUCGACAGCACCCGAGGCAAGUGGAGAACGAAAAUUGGAGAAGCAUGGGGUAAGGAAAUUGAAUCUAGGCGCCAGCAAAAGGAACAAGAGCAAGCAGCGGAGAAGAGGAAGAGAGAUGAUGAGAAAGAAACAACAGCUAGCUAG